GGUUAAUAUGUAGUUUCUAUAACAAUAUAAGGGCUAUUUCUCAUUCAUUAUUCUAUAUGCCACUAUCACAUUUUCUUCAUCAAAAUACCAUCCUUUUGCUCUCUUAGAUUCUACUCCACUGUGCUUGGUUUUCCUUCCUCAAAAACAAAUUACAGAUAAUCUCAAAUCUGCUCAGAAGAAUGAACUUGCAGUUGAGACGCCGGUAAGAUUCUUCAUAAUUGAUUCUACGAUGCAGGCAUCGGAGCAACAUAGAAGUUCGAGUAUGUACUAUCAACCGUUGCAACAAAUGGAAGCCUAUUGCUUGCCGCAGUAUCGAAAUUUAAAUCAUCAGCUAUACAACAAUGAUGGAGGCCACAGAACUCAAUUAUCGGCUCCAAGUUCUUCUGACCUUUAUUACUGCACCUUGGAGUCGUCUUCUGCAGCUGGAAGUUUAGCCGUUUACAACUCUCCUUCAACUGUUAGUUUCUCGCCUAAUGAUAGUCCAAUGUCGCAGCAAGAUUCACAGUCAUAUCCACCUGAUAAGUAUCAUUCCCCCGACAAUACCUAUGGCUCUCCAAUGAGUGGAUCGUGUAUAACCGAAGAUUUAAGUAGUUUUAAGCACAAGCUGAGAGAAUUGGAAAAUGUAAUGCUUGGUCCUGACUCUGAUAAUCUUGAUAGUUAUGACAGUGCCAUGAGCAACGGAACCAAUUUCGGUUCGCUUGAAAUGGACAGUUGGAGACAAACAAUGGUAGCAAUUUCGAGCAAAAAUCUAAAGCAUAUCCUUACUGCAUGUGCCAAAGCAAUUGCAGACAAUGAUUAUCUAAUGGCACAGUGGCUGAUGGACGAAUUACGGCAGAUGGUGUCGGUUUCUGGCGAACCGAUUCAAAGGUUGGGAGCAUACAUGUUGGAAGGACUCGUUGCACGGUUGUCUGCUUCUGGGAGUUCAAUUUACAAAUCAUUAAGAUGCAAAGAACCGGAAAGUGCCGAGCUUCUCUCUUACAUGAACAUACUUUAUGAGGUUUGCCCUUACUUCAAAUUCGGAUACAUGUCUGCAAACGGAGCCAUUGCAGAAGCAAUGAAAAAUGAAGCCAGAGUUCAUAUUAUUGAUUUCCAAAUUUCUCAAGGAAGCCAAUGGAUUUCGUUGAUUCAAGCUUUUGCAGCUAGGCCUGGUGGGCCGCCGCACAUCCGUAUCACAGGUAUCGAUGAUCCGACCUCAGCUUAUGCCCGGGGAGGUGGACUACAUAUAGUUGAAAAGAGGUUAUUAAAGCUUGCUCAGCAUUUCAAAGUCCCGUUUGAAUUUCAUGCCGCAGCUAUCUCCGGUUGUGAUGUUCAACUGCAUAACCUCGGAGUUCGACCUGGAGAAGCUCUUGCGGUAAAUUUUGCAUUCAUGCUACACCACAUGCCUGAUGAGAGUGUCAGCACUCAGAAUCAUAGGGAUAGGCUUCUGAGGUUAGUUAAGAGCCUAUCACCAAAAGUUGUGACACUUGUCGAGCAAGAAUCUAACACAAACACUGCAGCAUUCUUUCCUCGUUUCCUUGAAACUAUGGACUAUUACACGGCAAUGUUCGAGUCAAUAGACGUGACUCUUCCAAGAGAGCAUAAAGAGAGAAUCAAUGUUGAGCAGCAUUGCUUGGCAAGAGACUUAGUUAACAUCAUAGCUUGUGAAGGGGUCGAGAGAGUGGAACGACACGAACUGCUAGGGAAGUGGAGAUCAAGAUUUGCAAUGGCUGGUUUCACUCCUUACCCUUUGAGUUCAUUGGUGAAUGGUACCAUAAAGAAAUUGCUUGAGAAUUACAGUGAUAGAUAUAGACUUCAAGAGAAAGAUGGAGCUUUAUACCUUGGUUGGAUGAAUAGAGAUUUGGUUGCUUCUUGUGCUUGGAAAUGAGAACUACGAAUUGUGUUUGCCGCAGUCGACAACUCCACUUUCACGCAGUCAGCUCGUUGGUGGCCAUUGGAUCGAGAUCAGACAGUCCAUAUUUCAAGAUUGGUAUUUCGGCAUUUUUAAAAAUCAAAAUAUGCAUUGAAAUAAUCUGGACUGUCUGAUCUUGAUCCAACAGCUACCGAUGUACUGACUACGUGGGUUGCUAACCGAGGCAAAUACAAAUCAAAGUUUGAGGAGGGAAUGAAGCAGAACCUGUCUUUGUUCUUAUUAUGUUCCAUUUUAUCCCAUCUAAUUGUCCAUUUUCUGUGUUUCAAAAGUUUCUGUGGAAAAUGUAGCUAGCAAUAGCAUUUUUCUAUAUCAGUAAUAUUAAUCUUUCAUAUCAUUAUCUUUUUCUGAUAA